CCAUAGCGUUCUAUGGGGCAGCCCCACACUCACCCCACCCCCCCCAUCUUUCCAGCCCCUCCGUGUUCCGAUGCCCCCCCACAUCCAACAAGAACUCGAGCGCACGCGGCCGGAAGUGCUGGCGGAAGAGACGCAGCGCCGCUUCCUGCGCGAGCUUCAAGCCUGGCAGGAACCGGAAGUCACCCGGCAGCUGGAGGACUUCCGGACGAAGCGUUUGAUGGGCAUGACGCCGGGCGAAUCCGAGCUGGCCGAGCUGGAUGCCCUGCCGACACGUGACCCCGCUCGCGAGCGCCUAUUGGCUGAAGCUCUUUUGGGUCGCCUGGAGGAGAUGCACGCCUCCAUAUCUCCGGAUGAGGAGAAGAGCUCGGCGGUGGUGGCGGCCGUUGGUUCGUACCUGAAGCUGCUGGGGGUGAAACCGAAGGGAAACAACGAGGCCAAGAAACACAGGGGCCAUUUCUUCCGCAAGAAGCUGCCGGGGGGGAGAAAAGCAGAGGAGGCGAAGACCAAAAGGGGAUUCUCAUUGGCUGGGGCUGCGCUAUGGGGCAGAGAUGGUAAGAAACCCCAUAGAGACCCAUAGAGACACAUAGAG